AUGAAGAUGUUUAUCAAAUCCAUAGAUGAGAGAGCAUGGCGCGCCAUCAUAACUGGUUGGACACCUCCCAUGGUCAAAGGAGAAGACAAAAUGGAAGUUUUCAAACCAGAAGCAGAUUGGAGUGACGUAGAGAUACUACUCGCAAACUACAACUCAAGGGCCCUAAACGCAAUAUUUAGUGGUGUUGAUGAUAAUCAAUUUAAACUAAUAGCGUCAUGUGAAUCUGCUAAAAGAGCUUGGGAAAUCCUUCAAGUUACAUACGAAGGAACGUCAACUGUGAGGACGUCGAAGUUACAAAUGCUGGCCACCAAGUUCGAAAAUUUGAAGAUGGAAGAGAAUGAGACGAUCACUGACUUCCAUGCUAAAUUAUGUGAUAUCUCCAAUGAAUCAUAUGCACUCGGUGAACCUUACUCUGAAAGCAAAUUGGUGAGAAAGGCGAUGCGCUCAUUACCUGAAAGAUUUGCUUACCGAAUUGCUGCCAUUGAAGAAGUCAGAGAUGUUGACACGCUCAAACUAGACGAACUCAUGGGGAAACUUCUGGCACAAGAACUCAAUCAUGGUGAAAAUCAUCGUGAAAAGCCUAGAGAAAAGAAGAUAGCCUUUCAAGCAGAAACUUCAUAUGCAACACCCCAAAAUUCGUCAACUCAAGAAGAUGAGCAGACGGUAGAGGAAUCCUUGGCAAUACUAUCGAAAAAUUUUGGGAAAUUUCUCAAAAAGAUCGGUAAAAGGGGAAAUUUUCCAAGCACAGGGAAAACCGUGAACUUUCAAAAUUCGAGGAGAAAUUCAAAUCAAGAUAACUCAGAGGAGUCAAAACCAAGAAGAAUACAAUGUCGAGAAUGCGAAGGUUUUGGUCACAUUCAAUCAGAAUGCGCAAACACCCUGAAGAAAAAGAAGAAAAUAUCACUUACUACUGUUUGGAGCGAUGAAGAAGAAUCUGAUGAUGACCAAGGAAACAACGAUCAAGUCACUAACUUUGUAGCAUUCAGCAGCAAAGUUCCUCUGGACAACUCAGAAUCAACUGUUGCUUCAACUGUUGCAACAGACUGUGAAACAGAAUCCAGGUAUGAAAAUAUGUGUUCUGAUUAUGACAAAAAUCUAAACGAAAAUUCUUCUUUUGCGGAGGAUCCGAACAGCAGCAGUGAUGAGGAAGAACCAACCUUGGAUGAAGUAAAGGAGGUAUAUGAAAAAAUGUACCAAAAAUGGCUCGACGUCGUUAAGGUAAAUAACUUCCUGGAAAAGGAGAAGUUUGUGCUUAUAGAGGAAAACAAGACACUAAAGGUAAGAAUCUCUACUCUUGAGGAAAGGAUCAUAUCUAGUGAUCAAGAGAAAAAUAGUUUGCAGGCUAAACUUACUCAAACUCAAGAAGCAAUUGCAAAAUUGAACUUGGGUAGAGGUAAUCUAGAUGAAAUCUUAAGCAACAACAAGCCAAACUAUAAUCGUCUAGGCAUAGGAGGGAGUCAGCUACCCAAAGUUGAUCUAAAGCGAAAGGAAGAUCAAAACAGAAAAAUCAACUUUGUUAAACAAGCUUCUGUCUCACAAACAGUUGCAACUGUUGAAGCAACGAAACACCAUUCAAAGAAAAGUGGGUGUUCACGACAUAUGACCGGUGUUAAAGAGUUUCUGAAAAACUAUCAACAAAUCACUGGUGGAGCUGUCACCUUUGGAAACGGAAAAAAUGGAACUCGAGCAUCUGACAACUGCUAUAUUCUUGUCUCUGCUGGACCACUGGAAGAGGAACCAACAAAGGAAUUGGAAAACAGCUCCAGUGUCGCACCAACAGUUCCAACAGUUGAUGCAGCCUCUACCAUUUCAGAAGAAAGUGACGUCAAUUCUGAAACAGGAGACGAAGCUGAAGUCAGGUCUCUCGAAUUGGAUGAUCAAACUCACACGGAACCCUCAAGAAGAGUCAAGAAGAAUCAUCCAGUGGAUCAAGUCAUUGGUUCGGUAGAAAAAGGAAUUCAAACCCGAGGCUUUAGCGAUGCUGAUUGGGCAGCAAAUCACAAAUCUGCACUCAAAUCAAAGGAAUCCAAGAGCACAGUUAUGGGGAAACGAAAAAGCACCGGUGGAUCGUCUUCUUCGUCCAAACGACAACCAUCUCGACCAGCAACCGCGUCUUCGGCAGCUCCUCCGCCGCGACGCCGCUCCGAUGACCGCCCUGCCUUCGAAGAGCCGUUGGAUGCCGUGCCUCUUGCCUUUUGGGAGCCCCCACUCCUUCUCACGGCCGCCUCCGCUGAAAAUUUUGGUCCCUAG